AAAAAUAUACCUACUACACUCCGAUCAGAAAAUCACUCUCUCACUUUACCUUAUUGUAUCUUCUCCAACGCGUUUUUCUAUUUUUAUAUUUUUAUAUUUUCACACCCACUUUCUCAGUAACUUCUACUCAUUUUUUUAAUCUAUAUAACAAAACAAAAAAUCAAAAACAUUUUAUAAUCCCUAAAACCUCUUUCUCAAUUCACAAAGCUCAAUUUCUUCAUCAAACUCGUUUUUCUUUCUUUCUUUCUUUCUUUUUUCAUCUCGCUCCGUGUAAUGGGUGCCGUCGGUGAGUGUUUACCUCCGCCGCACGCGGAGGAGCUGGCGGUUCUGUCUCUUAACAAGCUGCCGUUAGGUUUUCGGUUUCGUCCUACUGAUGAGGAAGUCAUCGAUUACUAUCUUCGACAGAAGAUCAAUGGAAACGGUGAUGAAGUUUGGGUUAUUCGUGAAGUUGAUGUUUGUAAAUGGGAGCCUUGGGAUUUACCUGAUUUGUCGGUGGUAAGAAACAAGGAUCCAGAGUGGUUCUUCUUCUGUCCGCAGGAUCGGAAGUAUCCAAAUGGAAGUAGGUUGAACCGAGCAACAACUCAUGGGUAUUGGAAGGCAACUGGCAAGGAUCGGCGGAUUAAGUCUGGAAACACGUUGAUUGGAAUGAAGAAGACUCUUGUUUUCUAUGCUGGCCGUGCUCCGAAAGGGAAGAGGACCAAUUGGGUUAUGCAUGAGUAUAGGCCUACCUUGAAGGAGCUCGAUGGUACCAACCCUGGACAGAACCCAUAUGUCAUUUGUCGCUUGUUUAAGAAGCUAGAUGAGAGUCUCGAAAGUUCAAAUUGUGGUGAAGUGGAGCAGACUACUUCAAAUCCUACGUCUGCAGAGUACUCUCCAGAAGAUAUACAGUCUGAUCUAAAUAUGGUUCCUGUAUCUUCCUCACCAGCCACAGAAGAUUAUAGGCACCUAGCAGCUAUUCCUGAGAAUUCUGAGGAGGCAAUAUCCAACGUUAUAACCCCAGCUGAUUGCUAUAGCGAUGCAUGCAAUGCUUCUGAUGCACAAUAUCAAAUUGUAGAAGUACCAGCUGCAGAGGAUGAUCAACUGUUGAAUUUGGACAUAUUUGAGGACCCACAAUUUGAGCCAUUUGAUGAUAAAUUAUUCUCCCCGGUCCACGCACAUUUUCCACGAGAGUUUAAUUAUCAACCCAACACCGAAUUCGAAUUUCAGUAUGGUACAAAUGAAUUUCAGUAUGGCACAAAUGAAACAGAUGUUUCACACUUUUUCAACUCGGCUGUUAAUUGGGAUGAGUUCUCCUAUGAGGCGUCUAGUUCAUGCUUCCUUAGUCAUAAGGACAAUGGUUCGUGCAGUGGCUCAGAUGCGGAAAUGGCCAAAACGACGAUGCAUCUGCAAGCAGAUUCAGGAAAUAGUGAUGUAGGAUUGUUCCAGAACAACUCCCAGAUGACUUUUUCAACUGAUUUUAAUAUCGGCCAAACGCCCGCUGUGGUCAAUGAAUAUGAGCAAUCAACGAAUUUGACAGCACGAGGUGACACUGGAAUCAUGUCAAGGACUCAACAUGGACAGAGUGAACAGCCAAAUAUGAACCCACAAGGUAGUGCACCGAGAAGAAUACAGUUGGAAGGAUUUGUUACACAUUCCCUUGCUUCUGAGGAGACGAUAAAAGAUGAAAGUUGUGCACCUGAAUAUGAGCAAUCAAGGGAUACUGUUGUCCAGGGUGGCACUGGAAUCAGGGUAAGGACUCGACAAGGAAGAAACGAACAGCCAAACAUGAACCCAGUGAUGCAAGCACAAGGUAGUGCACCGAGAAGAUUACGAUUGGGAGGAUUUGUUACGCGUUCGAUUGUUUCCGAGGAGACAACAAAAAAUGAGAGUUCUGCACCAGAAAACCCUAACUCAGAAACCAUAAUUCCCACAGUAUUGGGCAGAAGGGUCCGUUACACAUCAAAGAGAUCCUCCAAUCGUUCCAUGUGGUUUUCUGUUCUUGCAGUUUCUGCCACUGUACUGGUCUCACUUGUAUUGCUUGUUAAUAUUUGGGGAUAUACUUAGAUUUGAAACUGGUUAUUAGCCACAAUGAUUCCUUGUGUAGAAUUUACCUCAAUUGCUUUUUUCAGCCAGUUAAGGAGGAAUGUUGAGUUGGCUUUAUUAUAUUUGUCGAUAAGAACAAUUAUAUAACCUUGUUAAAAAAAAAAAGAACAAUUAUGUAACAUAUAUGUGCAAUCAUAUGCAGUCUUGCAGAGUAUAAAUUUUUAGUUAUCAGUUAACUUAGUGUACACCACGGUCAGAUUCACAUAUACAUAUUCACUGGUUC